AUGUCUCUUUCUCUUGCCACAGCUAAUACUGUCCAAAGGCUCUGGCUUUUGUUUCCUGCGCUCAUCAUCUACUUUCUAAUCAUUCUCUCGUAUGGAGUUGGAGCUCAAAACAGUAGCAAUAUCACCAACGUUGGAGCAAUCAUUAACGGUAAUUCUCGUAUUGGGAAAGAACAGAAAACUGCCAUGGAAAUUGCAGCUGAAACCUUCAACAACCGUUCAAAGACUCAUAAGCUCAUCCUUCAUUUUCGAGACUCCGGCACAGACCCCUUUCUUGCUGCUUCUGCUGCUGAAGAGUUGAUAAAGGAAAAAAAAGUAGAAGCCAUAGUUGGCAUGGAGACUUGGCAGGAAGCAGCUCAGGUAGCUGAUCUUGUGGGAAACCAAGCUCAAAUUCCAGUGAUCUCAUUUGCAGCACCCUCUAUAACCCCGCCACUAAUGCAACACCAUUGGCCAUUUUUGAUACGAAUGGCAGCUGACGGUUCUGCUCAAAUGAAAUGCAUUGCAGAUAUUGUUUCUGCCUACCAUUGGAAAAGGGUGGUUGUGAUAUACGAAGAUGAUGGGUAUGGCGGUGAUGUUGGGAUGCUAGCUCUUUUAUCUGAGGUUCUUCAAGAUGUUGGUUCAAAGAUUGAGCACCGUUUGGUUCUUCCACGAGUUUCGUCUCUGUCUAAUCCGAAUUGGGUUGAGCUGGAAGAGCUGUUGAAGCUUCCCACCAUGCAGUCUCGGGUAUAUAUUGUGUUCCAGUCAUCUUUACCAACAGUGGCUCAUCUAUUCAGAGUGGCUGAGAAGAUGGGACUUGUAGGAAAAGAAUCAGCUUGGAUAAUCACAGAGAGUAUCACUAGUUUGCUUGACCCUCAUGAAACCUCUGAUAUAUCAUCCACCAUGAAAGGCACUCUGGGAAUCAAGACCUACUAUGCCAAAAAUACUAAUUCUUUUGCCACGUUCCAGAAGCAAUUCCAAACAAAGUAUCCAGAAGAAGGCAACCCCGAGCCAGGAAUUUACGCUCUUCGAGCAUAUGAUGCUAUUAGAAUCAUUGCACAGGCCAUAGGAAGAAUGACUAGUAAUAACUCUACUAGUCUUCAGCUGUUGUUAAAUACAUUAUUUAGCAAUUAUACCGGUUUAAGUGGGAAAAUGCGGUUCGAAGCAGGUGAGAUAUUGUACUCUCCGGUACUCAGGAUCAUAAAUAUUGUGGAUGGGAAGAGAUUCAAAGAACUCAACUUUUGGACACCAGAUGUUGGUUUCUCAUUAGAAGAAACAGGCAAGAUCAGAGAUGGUGAUGCUGGUGGAGUAAUUUGGCCCGGUAACCUCACGCAUGUCCCCAAAGGCUGGGCAAUGCCUACUGCUGCGAAGCCAAUGAAAAUUGGGGUACCUGGUAAAACAUCCUUCAGCAAAUUUGUGAAGGUUGAUCCGUCCCUGGACAAUUCAGAUAAGAAGAAAUAUGUCGGUUUCUGCAUUGCAAUUUUCGAUAUGGUGAUAGAGAGAUUGAAUUACUCUUUGCCAUACGAAUUUGAAGCCUUUGAUGGCCUCUAUGAUGAUCUGGUAGAACGAGUCCAUAACAAGGUUUAUGACGCUGCGGUUGGCGAUAUAACAGUACUAGCUGGCCGACUGGAGAAAGUGGAGUUCACUCAGCCAUAUAUGGAGUCUGGUUUGUCCAUGAUUGUUCCAGCAAAACCUGAGAAGUCAACAUGGAUGUUCAUGAAACCUUUCACAUGGCAAAUGUGGGUGGUGAGUGGUGCCAUUUUAAUCUACACAAUGUUUGUAGUAUGGUUCCUGGAGCGCCCAUCCAAUCCAGAAUUUGGUGGCCCAUUGAAGAACCAGAUUGGCACAGCAACCUGGUUUACCUUCUCCUCUCUGUUCUUUUCUCACAGAGAGAAAAUUUACAGCAACUUAACUCGACUGGUUGUUGUGGUGUGGCUCUUUGUUGUAUUGAUCCUAACCUCAAGCUACACUGCUAAUCUGUCUUCCAUGCUUACCAUCCAACGGCUCAAACCAAAUGUGACAGAUAUCGAAAUUCUGAAGAGAACCAACUCGAAAAUUGGUUGCGAUGGGGACUCGUUUGUCAUGGACUACCUGCAGACUGUUCUUGGGUUCAAAAUAGAGAACAUCGUCAAAGUAAGCAGCGAAUACAAAUACACGAAAAAAUUCAAAAGCAAAACCAUAUCUGCUGCCUUUCUUGAACUCCCAUAUGCCCAAGUGUUCAUGAACGAGUACUGUGAGGGAUAUACGUCCACGGCGCCUACCUACAGAUUUGGAGGCUUGAGCUUUAUAUUCCAAAGAGGCUCUCCAAUAGCCAGGGAUUUCACCAAGGCAAUUCUAGAGCUAUUGGAGAAUGGAGAGCUGAAGAAACUUCAAAAUGACUGGUUGACCCCCAAGAAUGAGUGUCCAAAAAAUGUAACUUCCAAUGGACCAGAAAGCUUGAGCCUCAACAGUUUUACAGGCCUCUAUGUGAUAUCUGGUGUUACUUCCAGCUUUUGUUUUCUACUAUCUCUUGCUGUCUGGGGGAGGAGGUUUCAGCAGCAAGAAGCACACCAAGGCAAUGCAAGCCCAAGUCCAAGUGAAGAAACUCUUUGGAACAAGACAGUUAGAAUAGCAAGAUUCUUCUACAGCAGAGAGCUUAAUAUCCCAACCAGAGCUCCAACUUCUGCUAAUUACGCAGAAGAAUGGCAUUCUCCAAGGUGGGAUUACUCCACUGCUUCAAAUACUCCUGAGCAUCCAAGGACCAUAAGGCCAACAGAAAUCGAAUGCAUUCAACAAGAAUAA